AUGGACGAAGCAGAUGAUCCAUAUAUAGCUGGGAUACCUAAGGAUUCACACUACAUAGGGGAGAAUCAACAAAAGAUUGAUAAUAAUUUGCCACUGGGCACUGAGAAUUCAAAUAAUGAAGACAAUAUUGACAAUAUACGACUUCAAACUCAGUUUGGGAGAGUAUACAGUGGCUUAUACCCAGUUGGACCUCGUACUCCUAACUUCUCUUCAAACAGACGCAAUAGAAUCUGUAAUUCAUAUAUAGAGGAUGAUUCUGGCACAAGUAUUGCAUCAAAUAUGAGUACAGUAGGUAGUAAUGGAUGUUCUUCUGAGGAUAAAAUGUAUGUUGACUUCCCAAUAAGGAACUUUUGGAAAUUAGCAAAAAGUCCUAUAGAUAUGGAAUCACCACAAAUUGGAUAUUGCAGAGGUUUUUAUUAUAGAUUACUAGUUCAUCCACGUGGUGGAAGUACUACUGACUCAGAAAGCAGUUACUUAAGUGUAUUUUUAGAAGCUUUACAUCAUGAAUCUUAUCCUGAUGAUUGGGUUUUUCCAAAUGUAAGAUUUCAGCUUUCAGUAGUGAAUUUUUUAGAUCCAAAGGCUAGUAUUACAUCAUGGGCCCACUGGACAUUUUCUCAUGAUGCUAUGAGUCGUGGAUGGCAUAAGAUGGUUUCUCACGCUCGUCUUACUAAGGCAACUGGAUUUAUUGAUGAAGAAGGUACUGUUUUAAUUAGAGGUAGAGCUGAACCACCUUUUCCUCGGAUAUGGUCGAGAUCUCCAAAAUGUCGUCCUUGGAACGUCUGGGGAAUUCUUCCUUAUAAAAGUGCAUCAGUACCUAUUCAAGGUGAAGUUUCUAUGGUAAAGCAAAAGAAACAAAAUCUAUAUAAUCAGCACAGUAAUAUAAGAAAUUCACUCUGCCCAUUUCAUGAUUUAGCUGAAAACUCUAUAAGUAAUGCCAAGUAUUUUGAUAAGGGAUUAAUUCAGACAGAUGGUGCAUCAUUAUCACAAAUAAAUACAAGUAAUCCAGAGAAUAACAUUUACUUACCAUUGAUUGACAGGUUAAUUUGGUCUAGCAGUAAUUUAUUUGUUCCUACUCUUAAACCUCAACUCAAUGUUGAUUUUGUCCCUGCAUUUAUGCACUUGCUAUACCAUCUUAAGGAGUUUCGUCGUGCUGUAUUCUGUUGGAAUUCCAAAUCAGAUAUAUCGAAUUUAAUUAAUUUUAAUGAGGCUGAGAAUCAUACAGAUCGUUCGAAGAGGUCCGAUUCUAGUUUAAAUUCUCAAUCAUCUAUUAUUGAAGCUCUACAGAGAACAUUUGCAUAUAUGACAUUGUGGCCUAUUGCUUAUGCAGUAAAAAGUUCUAUUCGCUAUAAAUGGCAGGAAACAGUCAACUCAGAUCCACUCACUAAUAAAUGGUGUCCACAUAGAUGUUGUAAAUGUGGAGAAAAUACCAUAUUAUAUAAAGAUAUACAAAACGAUACUUCAGUUGUAAAUAAUAACAUUACAAAUAACUUGAAAGAUGUAGAUUGGAGUUGCCAUUAUUGUAGACUACCUACACAACCUGAUUGCACUUGGUUAAUGAAGACAUUGUUUAUGAGUGAUUUGCAACGUAUAGAUGUUCCUGAUCCUUUGAUGCGCUUUCAUUGUUUUUUAUUUGGAGCAAUAUAUUUGGAGUCAGCCCAUUCAAUACUCCAAAUUGCAGCUUAUCAUCGAUCUGCAUUUGUAAGUGAUGAAUUUGGCCAUUUAGAUAAUGAUGUAGUAAAAGACAAUUACCAGUCAAGAGAUGAACCAAAUAUAAACAUAUCUGCAUCUUCUAUGUUGGAGUUGGAGGAAUAUUUGCGUAUACCAACCGAAUUUGAUAAUACCUGCAGAGUUCUGUUCUCUAGUGUUGCAGAAGAUGGUGGUGACUGCUUUCUAGACUAUUCAACCUGUUGCCUACGUGCAAAACAUAUACAUUCUGUUCCUAAGGCAAUUGAACAUUAUAAUAAUCAGCUUAAAAGAUUUCCUGAAGUAUUAUUUAUAUACUUUUCACCUCCAAAAAAUGCAAAGAAAGGUGAAUUAUUUGAUGUUCCAUUUCGUUUAGAAGCAUCUUUUUUACUUGAAAAUGACCAAACAAAUUCUGUAAAAUUGGACCCAAAUACAGAAGCUUGUAAAUACAAUAGUAAUGAUGAUAUAGAUAAGGAUGAGGCAAUGUUUAAGGAGUUUACUGGAGAUUUCAAAUCUAAGAAUCGUACUAAAAGACCUCAAGGUAUAGAGACUGACUUACUUGAUGAAAGUUUAGAUAAUAGCUGUGUCUUACCUAGUGUUGCAGACUCAAAUGAUGAUUAUUCUGUAGAUUAUAUUUCAGAUGAUGGUUUUGAUGAUGGACAUGAUAUUUCUACUAGCCCAGAACUAACAAAUGAUGGAUUGAAUAGAGACUUCAAAGAUGAUAAGGUAGCAAAGUCCGAGGGGUAUUUUGGUCCUAGGAAUCAGUUUUUAGAGAAGUGGUACUCUCUUUAUGGAGUGAUUAUACGUGAAGGUGAUACAUCAAAUAGUAGCAGUGGUCCUAGAACAUCUUAUCAGAUACUAUUACGUCCAGAAGAGGAUGGUCCAUGGUUUCGGAUAUGUGAUGGUUUAGUCGAGCGUCUGAUUCCUAAAAUAGAGUUUACUGAAUGGAAGUGUCAUGGUGGGUUUUUUUGUGCUGCUGCAAUCUAUAUUGCUGAAGAUUACAUCGACUCUAUUGCAGCAGGUGAUGUUGUUGUAGACUGUGAUUUGAAAUCUUUAAACCCUAAACUUUAUUAUGAAACAUUGGAUCUUUUAUCAGUAUCUGAAGAAGACCUGGUUAAUGUUAAUCCAUGGAUAUCAACACAAGCAAAUUGUUACUCAUCAGGUACUUAUAUGAAUGAAACCCCUGUAAGUGAUACUGAAAGCGUUUCUGCAUCUGUUGAAAUUGCAAAUGCUACAGUAUGCGAUUCUUCAAUAUGCAACUUUGGUCAUCCUUUAAUGGAUGUAGGAUUUAGUUUGGACCCUAAUGUUUUAUGGAUGCUUGUUGAUUAUCGCUGGGGUUGGCCAUACAUAAAUAGCUAUUUUGGACUAACUGAACCAUUAACACAAGCAUUUGCUGUUAAUCCAGCGCUAAUACUCUCUGCAAAAAUAAUUCUCACUCCUUCUGCAAGUGAUUUAUGCAAUACUCUCAUAUUUCGACCCUUGAAAUAUUCAAUACCGAAACUAUGGGCUUUACUACUUGAGAUUAUGUUUGGUCCUGACCUUGAUUAUAAGGAUCUGGAUUCAGUUCUACGCGUUAUUCCACAUCUUCGCAAGAUAUCUAGCAAUAUUUUUCAUCAAAUCAGUGACUUAAUAUCUGAAGACACCACUCAAGGGGUAGAGCAAUUUUAUUUUACUGACUCAGAGCUCAUAGCAAGUCUAGGUGAGAAGUUCCAACAAAAUAAUAAGCCUCCUGAUAAUUCCUUACAAUAUAAUGAAAUAGCUUUAAAUCAAACAUAUGCAAAUUUAAUGAUUGAUAACAACCUUAUAGAAGGGAUAUUUUUAAGGAGCGAAUCUGUUGAAUUAUACGAUAACGCUUUACUACUUAUGAAUCGUCUACAUAAUAUUUUAUGGCCAAAUCUGAUCCAAUUUGUUGAUGACUUAUUACCUGUCACAAUAACGAUUAGAUUAAAACGUUUAUUCUUUCGUAAUGGAGACGAUUUAUUAUUUGACCCAAGGUUAACCCCAGAGGAUCUUUGUGCAAGAUUUCUAACAGAAUCUAAAUUUCUACUUGAAUCAAGCUGCUGCCCUCUAAAUCUUAUUAGAAAUUGUGAGAAUGGGCAACUACUAAGUGCUGCUGUCAAUCAAGUUGCAGAUGCAUUAGAUGCAUGGAAUUUGGCUACAUUUGGCUCAUCAUGUACACUCUCAUGUUCACCAAACCGUGUUGCAGAUCAUCUUGUUGCUGAUAUGGGAAGCGCACACUUUGUAAUACCAAUUGUGGUAUACAUUAUAAAUGUCCUUUUUAUGGGAUUAACAUAUAGAACUUUACUAAAUUCAAAGAAGUAUAUUGCACUUCCUGACCUCAAUGAGUCAAUAUCCAGAGAACAAUUAAGCCAAACUACUCUUCAGCCAACAGAACAAUUCCCAACAAAACAGUCAGGUAAUCUAAAGAGACGAACUUUAUCUAAUAAGAUUAAUUCAACAAGUAACACUACAAAUGGUGUCUCAUAUAUCAAUCCUUUAUCACAAGUUAUUCACCAUCUUCAGACAAAUCAAGUUUCAGCAAGUCUUGUUGAUCCUUAUGUAUUUAUUCCUAUGUACUCAUUCCAUGCAGCCUCCUCUCCUUUGUUGGUAAAUAUUGUUGUGGAACAGGACUUGAUAGGAAGAGAAGGUUUUGGUUCUGAAAGUAUGGUAUCUGCAAUUAGAGUGCUACAUGUAAAUAGGCUUGCAACUGUACGUCAUUUAUAUAUUGCAAUAAGGAAAUUAUUAUAUGCUCAGUUUGAUCAGCAGAAAUAUGCAUUAAGUAGAAUAUCUAGCCAUAAUAUUAAUAUCUCAAACCAAUCUCAAUCAAAGAGUUGUGAGAAUUUACCUAGCAAGAAUACAAAGAGAAUGACAAAUUCAUCAACUGUUGAGUUGAAUGAAAAUACAUGGAUUCCUUCAACUCCUUUAGACUUAUUUUUUCUGUAUUCUCUACGUCCAGAUCCAGAUCCAACACGUCGUGGACGUUUAAAAUAUACUUAUAUGUCUCCAAAUGACUUUGUUGAAAAUCAUGCCUAUGGUUCUCACAGAUCAAGUUAUAUAGCAAAUUGUGAUGUAGUAGUCCUGAUUUGUGUACCCCCUGAACUGAAGUUACAUAUAAAUGGUGAAGUAAAUAAGCCCAAAUUAAAGGACUCUGAAAUUUCUUAUGAUGACAUAUGUAUACCGUGUCCAUCUAGGACUGUUCAUUCUCCGCUCUGUUCGAGUUAUAACAAUAUUACUAGCCAAAUUCCCAAAAUUAAUUCUUCACUUUUAAAGAUGAAAUUAAUUGAUCCACUAUGGUCAGCUACUAAACUUCCUUUAACUGAUGAUUCAAUUGCUCCCUUACUAAUUUUUAAGUGGUUUGACCCUGACUCACUAAAUAUUACUUUAUUAAGUGUUAUUGUUUGUGAAGCUAGAAAACCCCUUAGAGAUUGUAUUGUUUCUUGGGUAUUUCCACGUGCUAGGAAGAUGGGACUAUUACCAGACUCUACUUCAAAAGAGACUUUUAAUGCUGAAGAUUACAAUGUAAUGGAGGAGUGCCAUAUUAGAGUUUGUCAAAAUGUCAGGCGUUGGACUUCUUCUAUUAAGAAGAUUAAUAGAACUACCGGAGAUGUUUUUAUUGUUCAGAGAAGGCAGAAAGGACUUAGUACCCCACCCUUACUUUCUGGUUGUCCAUUCAUUGCUCCAUUUUUAACUGCAGCUUUGUGCACAAACUCGGGUAUUCUAGAUGAAAUGCCUUCAUCUCUCUCUAAAAGUGAAUUUACGAGUAUAAUAUCUAGUUUACAACUAAAAAAAUCAAGUAGCCAGAAUAAUUUCUUUAGUACACCAAUUCGUCAAUAUAAUGGGACUUCGUCUUCAAGCAUGAUUGACUUCUCUAAAGAGAUUUUUGAUAAAACAUGGCCUAUUGCUAGAUCUCCACUUGAUGCGAAAUUACCUAUAUUAGGUGGUACAGUUUUAAGAGGUUCAUUAAAUAACUUAUCUUCACAGUUUGUAACAGAUAUAUCCCAACCUAAAGUGUUGUUGGAAGAGAGUGAUUCUCAAGUAAUAAGUAAACAAACAUCCGAAUAUAUGGUACCUGAAAUAUCGAAUAAUGUACCAAGUAUUUCAACUUCAAAGAAAAAAAAGAAAGCAUCUAAGAGGAUUCCUGGAAUUCCAUCUUUGCAGAAGUCUAGUAUUGUGAAGGCCUUAAAUGCACAAAGAAGAUUGGAAUCAAGGAGUACAAAGUCAGGUACAGUUGGACCUUUUGAUGAAUCUGGAAUUGAUGAAUUUGUACACCCUGAUAAUACAGACUUAAAUGAAUGCCAUUUUGGAGAUACUCCUGAAGAUAAUAAAUCUCAGGUGUUAGAAUCUCUAGAGAAAUCCAGUGAUUCAAUUGAGACUUCAGGGGGACUUCAAUUGGACAAUACAUCUUCCAAGACUACGCAGGUUGGACGUCCCAAAGAAUUAUUAUCUGUCUCAGAUGUAUUAUACAAUAUUGCAACUCAAUGGCUAAAUAUCAAUGACGAUGAUAUAAGAAACUUAGUAAGGCAAUUAUUAGAAGCAGUCUUGGAUGAACUUAUUUCUAGUUCAACUACAAAUAUUUCUGAAUCUUUUCAAAUUGAUUCUAAUUCAUAUCAUUUUUGGAUAAAUGGCCUAUACUUGAUUUUCGAAAAUAUACACAUGAUUUGUCUAGGAAGAAAUAUUGAACCAAGUACAAUAUUAAAGGAAUUCUAUCAAGUAAUUAAAGAUGUAAUUACUGGUGAAGCAACUCUCAAACUGAAUAUUGAUAAACCAAAUAAAGAGCUGGAAUUCAUAUUUUCAUUAAAGGAGCCACCUAUAUAUCGUUUAAUAGUUAGAGAUGACCAACGUGCUGUUAUUUAUUUUGUUGCUUUGCUCAUUUUGAGAGAUUCUAAAUUACUUUCCAAGACUAGUUUUACUGAAAUUAUAACAUACCUACUCCCUAAAAUGGACUAUAUCAAGUCGGUCUCUUUGUUAAAAACCACAAGUUAUAAAUUAGUUAGUUUAUUAGCAUUGUUUUCUUAUAUAUGGCAUUUAAUUAGCAGUCAUUCUUCAGUUAGUUUAACAUCACUUGGAUAUAAAGUAGCAGAGAUGUCUUGUAGUAGGCUAGCAUCCUAUUUAAUUGGAUUAAGAUACUCAAUAAGAAAUUCAGAAAGGUGCUUGGGUGACUUAAAAAGUAAAACUAAUUCUUGGUUCAUUUCUUUGAAAAUAAUUGAUCGUUUGUUAAUAUAUAGGGAAUGUAUCGAGAUGACUUUAACUUCAAUUUGUGAGAGAAUUCUUUCAGAUCCAAGUGAAGUUUCUAAUCAGAACAAAAGAUUCAUAGAUAUAAUAACGGGUAUAGAUAAUUUGAUUAAGUUUGAGAGUAUUGUAGAUAUACCUAACACUCUGAAAGCUGUAGAUAAAAAGGGAAUUAUAAAAGAUACUCCUGUGAUAAUUGAGGAUAGUGACUCUUGGUCUGUAAUACUUAAACCUCCAUUUUGGAACUGUUUAAUGGAACCUAACAGAUAUGAAGACCUUAAUUUAGAAUCUAUUUGUAAUAGUGGUAAUAUUGAGAGUAUUUUAGGUUUUGCAAAGUUACGGCUUUCACAUGACAAUAAUAUUAAAUUAGAUAUUAAAGAAGAGCUUAUAGUAACAUUUGAUGAUGAAAUUAGUGGACCCGUUCUUAUUUCUAAAAGUGAUGAUAGCUAUCAAAACUUACUUAACCAAUAUAAUGAAAAGGAGAUAAUGGCUGAAUAUGUAUUUCUUUGCCAUGGUCAAUUAGAAAAGCAUGAUGGAUAUAUAUCUUUCGAAAACCUCGCUACAAUUGUCUGUAAUAGAAUAUUUGCAAAAUCUGUAACUGUUGGAUCCAGUAAUUGCAUAGCAAAAUAUAAGGUGUGUGGAAUAUAUAAGCAUGUAAAUUCAACUAGAGAUUCAUUAUUAUAUUCAUUAUGUAGAUGUCACUCAACCGCUGGUUCAGUUAAUAAGAUUCGUGCGUUCAUGUCCGAAAUAGGUCAUCCAAUCGUAUGUGAUUCAAAAUUUCUGAAUAAUAAACAAUUAAAUGCAGAUAGAAGGUUAUUUCCACAUAUAUUCUUCCAUUGUUGGUAUUUGGAGUUUUUGAAACCUGACAAAGAUGCAUCCAAAUUUCAAGUCAAAUAUUCACUUCCCUCAAAUUUAACUGAUACACUUCAUCAGAAUUUUAAAGAAGUGAAGCAUAUAAGUGAAACAUCUGACUUUAUACAAAGAACACAUGAUGAUAAACUUGAAGGUGUUAUACUAGAUACUCCUAAACAAUGUGGUGAAUCACACCUAUCCAAAUGUAACAAUAGAGACAAAGAUGAUUCUCAGAUUGAUGAAGAUGAUUCUAGAUCACUUUCAAGUACAAUGAUAUCUUCACUUCCAGGAUUAGGAUUUGGUCUAACUCCAUUCCUGGGAAUGCCUAACUCACAAUAUGCUGCAAGUACAAACUCUGUGGAUGUAUCAAAUCCACUACCUACAUUAAAUAUAACUAAACAGAGAGGAGCUGUAGAUAAUCGAGCAAUAUCUACAUCAACUAAUUUGUCGAAUGUUACUGUAUCAUCUAAAUCUGACAUCCCAAAUUUAUGCCAAGUGAAUGCUAAUAUUAAUAGAGUAUCUAAUACCAUUCAUUCAUUGCCAUUUCAACUCCAAAAUGGUCUUAUUAAUAGAACAACAAAUAUAGUUCCUAUAAAAGCCCAUCCAAAUUUAAUGUCAUGCUUAUCUAAUGCAUCCAGUAAUUCCCAUAAUCAACAAUCAUCUCAACUUAAUUCUCUUAAUUUUGAUAACUUAGGCUAUGACCAUUGUGCAAGUAUUAAUGUACCUGACAUUAUACAAACACGUACACCAAAAUAUGGAAUUAAGAGUAAUCAAGAUCAACCUACUGUAGUUAUUCCACCUAUUUCUACAAAACAAAAUUGGAACUUCAGUUCUAUAGGUUCUAGCAAUUCAUCUAAUUUUGGAGAACAUAGUAACUCAAGAUGGACUAAUGCAAGAAGUGAUUUGCAAAAUUUAAGUACUGAUUGGCAACUGCAACGUCCUAAUUCAUCUAGUUGGCUACCUAACAUUUAUGAAAAUACUCAAGUAGUUCACCAUCAACUACCUAGAUCAAAUAAAUCUACUACUUCAGGCUCAUUAAUACCAUUGAAUGUAUCUCAUACUAAUAUAACCCCUGAAAGACUAUUAGGGACUCGUCAACAUGGAUCUAAUGAUCCUUUGUUGAUAGGUUACGAGACAGCUAAUAUAGAUCUUAGUAAAAUAAACACGCUGCAUUAUAGUACAUAA